AAAAGCCCAGCUCUAGUUUGCAUGUGCUGUUUGUACAGCAAGGCUUAACCUGAUAAUAUUUUUAUUGUUUCCUACUCCAAUCCCUAGCCUACAAAAACCCUCUCCUUCCUCCCUCACAUACAUCUAGCACUUCCUUCUAUCCUCUUUCAAAUUUUCAUCUGGUUUCCUUAAAAAUCAUUCUCUUUGGUUCUAAGUUGCCUGUUAAAUCUUUUCUCUUCAUAGAAGCAACGGAUGAUGUUACUGAAUAUGCUGCCAAAAGUAUUUCUACUCUUCAUGGUAGUGGCUCUUCCAACUGCCAUGGCUGGAAAACCUCCAAGUCCUGUGGAUGUGUCAUUUUCAAGGAACUAUGUUCCCACUUGGGCUUUUGAUCAUAUCAUGCAAAUCGAUGGUGGAAAACAGGUCGACCUUGUUCUAGAUAAAUCCACAGGCACUGGAUUUCAGACUAAGGGGGAAUAUUUGUUUGGACACUUCAGUAUGACUAUCAAGAUGGUCCCAGGGGACUCUGCAGGGGUUGUAACUGCCUUUUAUCUAUCCUCACAGAACUCAGAGCAUGAUGAGAUAGACUUUGAGUUCUUAGGAAACAGGACUGGGCAGCCCUACAUUCUCCAAACCAAUGUGUUCAGUGGAGGGAGAGGAGACAGAGAGCAGCGCAUAUACCUCUGGUUUGACCCCACUAAAGAAUUCCAUUCGUACUCUGUUCUCUGGAACAUGAAUCAGAUUGUGUUCUUUGUAGAUGAUGUUCCAAUCAGAGUGUUCAAGAACAGCCAUGAUUUGGGAGUGAGGUAUCCAUUCAAUCAGCCCAUGAAGAUCUACUCAAGCCUGUGGAAUGCAGAUGACUGGGCCACAAGAGGGGGACUUGAGAAGACAGACUGGAACAAGGCACCAUUUGUUGCAGCAUACAAGGGAUUCCAUGUUGAUGGGUGUGAGGCAUCUGCACCAAACUCACAGUGCUCAACAGUGGGCAUGAGGUGGUGGGAUAAGAAGGAAUUUGAUGAUUUGGAUGGACUACAGUGGAGAAAGCUCAAGGAGGUGCGCCAAAAGUAUACCAUCUACAACUAUUGCACAGACAGAGUCCGUUUUCCAAAAAUGGCUCCCGAAUGUGCAAGAGACCAAGAUGUCUAGGGAAGCGUUUUUCAUAUGACUCGCAGUCACAGUACAAUAAUAUAUGUUGGGUGUAGCUGUGGCUAUCCUUAACAUUAUUCGUUGCAUCCAUUACAAUAAAUAACUUAUUUAUGUAAUAGAUUUAUUGAGAUUCAAUUGCAGAGUCGAUCUUUAUCUCUCCAUAUUAUUAGUGAUAAUGCUGUAUUUUGGUUAAUUUCUUCAACUCUGAACUGUCAAAAUGUCGUUGUGCAAGAAUUUUAAAUUGUUGGA